CCAAAAGGACAAAACAAAACAUCAUUGUCUUCUUCUAGGUGAUUGUCAAGGGAAGAGAGGCCUUUUGUGUUUUCACUCUUCUUUUUCUCUAACCCUUAAUAUUUUUUUUUUGAUUCACUUUUCAAAGAGAGGGUGGUAAAAAGAAGAGAGAAAAGAAAUGUGGCUUGGGAAAGGAAAUUCCACAAAGAGAGGGGGAAAUGGAGGAGGAAAUGGAUUGGUAGCGGUUGCCAUUGACAAUGAUAAAACAAGUCAAAUUGCUUUGAAAUGGGCAAUUGAGAAGCUUCACAGCAAAGGCCAACCCCUCAUCCUCAUCCAUGUUUUUCAAAGAGCUUCCUCCAUUAGUGCAAGUCAAGGAUUGCAUUCGGAGCCAUUGGCAACAGGAAGGUCACAUCUCGAGAGAUUGACCAAGGACCUCUUCCUUACAUUUCAUUGUUAUUGUACCCGUAAAGACGUACAAUGCUACGAUGUUAUACUUGAAGACAAUGAUAUCGCGAAAGCGUUGACAGAAUAUGUUUCCUAUGCUGCGAUAGAGAGAUUGGUUUUAGGUGCCCCGACUCGCCAUGGAAUACUGAGGAAAUUCAAGCCAGAUGUACCCAGUGUUGUAGUGAAAGGUGCUCCAGACUUUUGCACCGUUUAUGUGAUUUCAAAAACGAGCAAGACAUCUACAAUAUCCCAUGCGACUCGUCCAGCACCAUAUGUAUCUCCUUUACUAGAUGAAAUACAACAACAGAACAAUAAUAACACUUUUGCUCAUGAUGACGAUCAUGCAUCUGAAAUAUCAUCCUCCAGAUGCACAAGUCUACGAGAACGGACACAAGUAAAACCUCGAAUCUCUGUCGACGAAUCUUUCAGGUCACCAUUAACGAGAGGAGGACGAGCAAUGAAUGCAAGAUCAUUUGCGGAAAUGUUGGAAACAGAAAGCAAUACUCCCGACAUGUCGUUUAUUUGCUCCUCUGGGAGACCAAGCACCGACAGAGCUUCUUCAGUUGCUUUAGAUCCCUUUGAAUCAUCAUCCUUCUCCAACCCUAGAAUCUCUACCAGCUCAGACAACAGCAGCACCUUCGGCUCCAUUCUCUCUACAAACAAGUUUGUUGACUUGACUUCCAUGCAAGAGUUCUCCUUUGUUUCCCAAGACAGUGGUCGAACAUCCUCGGUUUCAUCAUCUCAAAUCGUGCAAGAUGAAAUGGAAGCUGAGAUGAAGAGACUAAGGUUGGAGUUGAAGCAAACCAUGGAACUUUACAAUACAGCCUGCAAAGAAGCUGUUGCAGCUAAACAAAGGGCCGUGGAGAUGCAACGUUGGAGAAACGAAGAAGAGCAAAAAUUGGAAGAAGCAAAAACCUCCGAAGAAGCAGCCCUAACAACCGUAGAGCAAGAGAGAGCCCGGUGCAAAGCAGCAAUGGAGUCGGCCGAGGCAGCUCAGAAAGUAGCGGAGAUGGAAGCCCACAAGCGAAUGUCCGUAGAACUGCGAACCCUCCAAGAAGCCGACGAGCUGAAGAAAGCAAUGACCUCCCUAGCCAAAUCCGACAUCCGAUACCGCCGCUACUCGAUCGAAGACAUCGAAAGGGCCACCGACAACUUCCACGAGUCCAAAAAGAUCGGCGAGGGCGGCUACGGCCCAGUUUUCAAGUGCUACCUCGACCACACCCCGGUCGCCGUCAAAGUCCUCCGCCCGGACGCCGUCCAGGGCAGAUCCCAGUUCCAAAGAGAGGUCGAGGUGUUAAGCAUGAUCCGACAUCCAAACAUGGUCCUUCUCCUCGGAGCAUGUCCCGAGUACGGAAUCCUGGUCUACGAGCACAUGGCUAGAGGCAGCCUGGACGACUGUCUGUUCCGGAAACGGAACAACACCCCGCCGCUCUCCUGGCAGCUGAGGUUCAAAAUCGCGGCCGAGAUCGCCACGGGCCUGCUCUUCCUCCACCAGACCAAGCCGGAGCCGCUGGUCCACCGCGACCUCAAACCGGACAAUAUCUUACUAGACAUCAAUUACGUCAGCAAGAUCAGCGACGUGGGCCUGGCCAGGCUCGUCCCCGCGAUGGUCGAGAACGUGACGCAGUACCACAUGACCUCGGCCGCGGGGACGUUCUGCUACAUCGACCCGGAGUACCAGCAGACCGGGAUGCUAGGGGUGAAGUCCGACGUGUACUCGCUCGGGAUAAUCCUGCUCCAGCUCAUCACCGCCCGGCCGCCCAUGGGGCUGUCACAUCAGGUCGAGACGGCGCUGGAGAACGACGCGCUGGGGUCGGUUCUGGACAAGGAGGUGAAGGACUGGCCGAUGGAGGAGACUUUGAUGUUCGCUAAGUACGCGCUUCAGUGUGCGGAGCUGAGGCGGAAGGAUCGGCCCGACCUGGGCAAGGUCGUGCUGCCCGUGCUCAAUGAGCUGAGGGAGUUCGCCGAGGAGAAAAUGGGUUACAUGUUUUUCAUGAGUGGCGCUAAUUACCCUUCUCCACCUAAUUAUAACACGGCUUCAAUAGCCUCGGCAGCACAGGAUGUGAUGAGUGAUCCUCAAGUCUUGAGUUCUGGGUUCUCGUCGAAGAACCCAUCGGCUGCAUCGUCGGAUCAAGUCGAACCAGAAGAAGACGCAGAUGAUCCAUGAAAUGGGAAGAAAGGAUCAGCGUUAAAAGGAGCAUGAAGCAAGUGAUCAACUAUAUUGUUGCGUACAUAAUUUCAUUUAGUCUGGCUAGCUAUCUAGACACAGAGGGUUUGCCUCUUCAUGUACAUAAAAAUGUGGGGUUUUGUACAGUAUUGAAGAAAGUCCUCGUGAAAAGGAAAUCUAUUGAUCGACUAAAUUAAGUCCAACUCUCUAGAUGGAUAGCUUUUUUUCGAUUUAUUUACAUGUAAUGUCUCGCAUUCGUUAUGUAAAACGAAGAACUUCAAUGAAAACUACAAGAUUUUGCGAUGUUUUCUAGGCCUCCCACAUUGCUAGCUCUACUGUCGUCGAGCUAUAUGGAAUAUAACUUUUUUUUAUUGGUACGCAUGG